GCCACCAGUCCGCAGCAUGGAUUCGGAUUCGGGCGAACAGAGCGAGGGCGAGCCCGUGACCGCCGCAGGUCCCGAUGUCUUCAGUUCAAAGAGCCUUGCCCUUCAAGCCCAGAAGAAGAUUCUGAGCAAAAUAGCCAGCAAAACAGUGGCCAACAUGUUGAUUGACGACACUAGCAGUGAGAUCUUUGAUGAGCUCUACAAGGUCACCAAAGAGCACACCCACAACAAGAAGGAAGCCCACAAGAUCAUGAAGGACUUAAUCAAGGUGGCCAUCAAGAUUGGGAUCCUCUACCGAAACAACCAGUUCAACCAGGAGGAGGUGGCCAUUGUGGAGAAGUUCAGGAAGAAGCUGAACCAGACGGCCAUGACCAUCGUCAGUUUCUAUGAGGUGGAAUAUACCUUCGAUAAGAACGUGCUCUCCAAGCUUCUGCACGAGUGCAAGGACCUGGUACAUGAACUGGUGCAGCGACACCUGACGCCCAGGACCCACGGGCGCAUCAACCACGUGUUGGUAUAUGCAUAG